UUUGUCCCACAAUAUUACAUGCAUCAGUAAUUAAUGAUUGUUACAUGAUUGAUUUAUUUGUUUUUUCGUUCCAAUAAUUAAGUGAAAAGUGGAGUUUGCUGUUAAUUUGUGGCACACGCAAUACAAACUCACACAAAAAACACGUAAAUAAUUGAGGAAAAAAAACGAAAAAUGAUUGCAAAAGUGGUAUUUUACUGUGGAGUGCUGUUGAGUCUCAAUGGAUUAUUGGAUGGAAAUAAAAUACCACAAAAUCGCUUGCAUUCGAUUAACCUGGAUCACGAUCACGUAAAACUGAGUUGGCUUGUCGAUUGGAACAGCAAGGAAGUCUUUUUUCACAUCGCGAAUGCCUUUGAAGGGGACUAUACGUGGUUUUCCUUGGGAUUUUCGAAACGUGGGGAAUUUGAACGAUCUGACUUGUGCAUUUUUCAGUGGCAAAAUGACUUGUUUAAUGCCGUUGUGGAUGCCUACAGCAGUGAUGAUGGCGAAAGCAUCUACUUUGACGACCAACAGGACUGCACGUUACUUCGCAUGGACGACAACUCGAUAGCGUUCAAGAAGAAAUUCGAUACCUGCGAUCCGCAUGACCUAAAAAUGCACGAAGGCACCAUGUACUUGUUAUGGGCACGCGGCGAAGAGGAACUCGACCUGGAAAGCGGGACUUUUAUCCCAACGCCAAAUACCACAUCGAAAGACAAUGGCAUGCAAAUGGUGCAGCUUUUACGUGCGGAUGCCAUCGAUAUACCAGAAAGGAAAGUAAAACACAUCGAUAUCGUACUAAAUGCCGUCACAAUCCCAGCGAAAGACACGACGUACUGGUGCAAAGUACAGAAAAUCGAUAAGAUUUUCCGCAAAAAGCAUCACAUUGUUCGUUUUGAGCCGAUUAUCGAGAACGAGGAGUUUGUGCAUCACAUGGAGGUGUUUCAUUGCGAUGCGGGACCUGACGUGGAAAUUCCCUUGUAUGACGGGGAUUGCGAUUCGCUGCCGGAAAAGGCGAAAGUUUGUUCGAAAGUCAUGGCGUUGUGGGCGAUGGGAGCAAGUACCUUCACAUAUCCCGAAGAAACGGGCCUUCCGAUUGGAGGAAAGGACUUUAAUCCUUACAUUCGCUUGGAAGUUCAUUUUAAUAAUCCAGACAUUCAUAAAGGCGUUGUUGAUUCAAGCGGGAUGCGAAUUAAUGUCGUGGAUAAGCUAAGAAAGUAUGAUGCGGCAAUUAUGGAGCUUGGAUUGGAAUAUACCGAUAAAAUGGCGAUUCCUCCGGGGCAAUUGGCGUUUCCGUUAAGUGGUUAUUGCAUCGCUGAAUGUACUGAAGUGGCUCUUCCAAAAUCCGGCAUGGUAGUCUUUGGAUCGCAACUUCACACACAUUUGCGCGGAGUUCGUGUCAUGACACGCCAUUUCCGCGGCGACCGUGAACUACGGGAGCUCAAUCGGGACGAUUACUAUUCACAUCACUACCAAGAAAUACGACAACUGCGAUUAAAGCCACGUGUAUUGCCAGGAGAUGCAUUAGUAACAACUUGCUUUUAUGACACACGUGGUUAUUCAAAUACCACAUUAGGUGGCUUUUCAAUUAAAGACGAAAUGUGUGUCAACUACAUUCACUACUAUCCGGCGACAAAAUUGGAGGUUUGCAAGAGCAGUGUGUCGGAGAAGACACUGCACGAUUAUUUCAAGUACAUGAAAAAUAUCGAACACCAAUCAAAAAUCCAAAUUGACGGCGCCCGAUCCGAGAAUUAUCGUUCAAUUGUGUGGACCCAGCCACGCAUCGACGAACUCUACUUGAUGUACAUCCAAGAGCCCCUGAGCAUGCAAUGCAACAAAUCCGACGGAUAUCGUUUCGAAGGCGUCAAUUGGGAAGGAGCCCCCAUAACGCAAGUGAAAAUCCAAAUGCCCGUCACCAAAAACUCGAAAUGCAUGAAACCGAAGAAAUGGACGACACCGUUGCAGGAAGGCGCAUGUGACAUGUUUGGUGAGUGCAUUUAUUAAAGAAAAACACAAAAAAAAGAGAAAAUUAAUUGUUAUCAUAUACGAUAAGGGGACAAUAAACAUUUUUUGUUGUUGUUAA